GGCCAAACAUAUUUUAUGUUUACGUCAGUCGGAGAAGUAGGGCAGAGAGUGAAGGGCCUUGCAGAAACGAAGUAGAUUAUCACACUAAACAGAUAAAUAGGAGACUUCCAUCUUUGACAGAAUACAGGAACGCAUUUUGUGAGAAACGGCGCUAAAACGAAGAGGAAGCUGAGGCGCAGGUGGGAAUUUCUGUCGUUUCAGUCCGGAACAGAGAGGCGGUGUUCCGUUUUAAAAUCACCUGCCCCAGCAUGUCUCGGCGGAACAGGAAUGGCCGGGGAUGGCGCUUCGUCUGGAGUGGCAUUCAACGCGAUGCCGAUGCCCAGACUCUCGCGCUGGCCUCCGAAACUGAAGACUGGGGGUAUGAGCGCUUACAGUCCAGUGACUCGGAUUCAGAGCCGGAGUUGCCUGCCCUCACGCCCGCGGUCCCAAGCGCUGUCCCCGUCACGGGAGAGUCGUACUGCGGCUGUGACUCCCCGACCGAGCCAGCCUACACCCCCCGGCUGAGGGGCUUCCACCGCGCCAAGGAUUGCCACUGCGGGGAAGAGGAUCAGGACUUUGACUGGGUGUGGGACGAGGGCAGCAAGUCGACCGCCACCCGGCUGAGCUGUGACAACCGCAAAGUGAAUUUCCACACUGAGUACAGCUGCGGGACUGCCGCCAUCCGGGGCAGCAAGGAGCUGGAGGAGGGGCAGCACUUCUGGGAGAUCAAAAUGACCUCCCCGGUGUAUGGCACAGACAUGAUGGUGGGAAUCGGAACCUCCGAUGUGAAUCUGGACAAGUUUCGCCACACAUUCUGCAGUCUUCUGGGGAAAGAUGAAGACAGCUGGGGCCUCUCAUACACAGGUUUACUGCAUCACAAAGGUGAUAAAACCAACUUCUCGUCGCGGUUUGGCCAGGGUUCCAUAAUUGGGGUUCAUCUUGAUACCUGGCACGGCACCCUGACCUUCUUCAAGAACCGAAAAUGUAUAGGUGUUGCCGCCACAAAGCUGCAGAACAAGAAGUUCUACCCCAUGGUGUGCUCCACCGCGGCCAAGAGCAGCAUGAAGGUGAUCCGCUCCUGCUUCUCCCCCACCUCCCUGCAGUACCUGUGCUGCGCGCGGCUCCGACAGCUGCUCCCGGAGAGCGUGGACACCCUGAGUGUCCUGCCCCUGCCCCCAGGGCUCAAGCACCUACUGCAGAACAAGCUGGGCUGGGUGCUGACCAUCAGCAGUGCAGACAGGCCCUCCACCUCUUCUUCCUCUUCAGGCAGUGACUCUGAGGGCUGUGCUUCAGACCCAGAUGCCUGCCAGAUAAAGCGAUGCCGCUGGACUUGAGGACCAAGAGCCUGGCGCUGUGGAACCUGGUGCAGAGCAAGCAGUCCUGUGAGGACUAACUUUGGCACUGUGGAACCUGGUGCAGAGCAAGCAGUCCUGUGAGGACUAACUUUGGCACUGUGGAACCUGGUGCAGACCAAGCAGUCCUGUGAGGACUAACUUUGGCACUGUGGAACCUGGUGCAGAUUAAGUAGUCCUGUGAGGACUAACUCUAAAACAGCUUCGGACUGAACUGUGAAGAAGGAUCCCUAAUGGAAAUAACAAAACUUUUAGAAAUCUUAGUGUUUGGCCUUCAUUAGUGUUAUAUGUUGGCCCUAAACCUUUAAAAUGAAGCUAAUAAAAAAAUGUCCUAUAUCUUACCUGUUGAGCACUGCCAUUCACUAUAUAGGUAACAAAAUACUCAUAAUAAUGUCCCAUGCAGUACCAUACACUACAGAAGACUCAAAUGUGUUUUGAAAGAAACACAUGAUACAGCAAACAUGUAUUUUCAGUUUAAAACAUCUGAGUCACCUCAGCAGUGUUUUUGCGGUCAGCAGGAAAGUCAGCCCUGAAGGGGUGGGGACAGUUGCACUCUCCAGGGGACCAUGAAAUUGCUAUCAGAAGCAUGGCUUUAACCGAGAAUAGUAACCAAUAGCAUGUUUUAAAAUGAAAAUCCAGGUUUGCUAAAACGUAGGUUUCUGGCAAAACUUACUCACUUGAGACUUCUACAUAUUGAAUGGUGUGGAACAUUUAUGGAAUUAUUUUGUUACCUAUGAACACCAAUAUUUUAGUAUGGUUGGAGUAAUUCAUGUUUUAUUUGUUUAAUCUUGAUUUAUUGUACAGAAAAAGAUAUGUUUCUGACAGUGAUUAAAGCUAAAAAGGCAUUCCACUGUUGGCACCCCGUUAGACAACUAAUUUGUCUCUAAAGAGAUGCGAUGGGGUUUUCCAUAUAAAUAAAUUGUGCUGGACUAGCUUUUAUUGUGGGAGGUAACAAGGGUGUUGCUGUAUCGAUUUUUGAAUUUAUGGAUAUUUGGCAUAUUUAAUAGUCACCAGCUGAGGUCGCCAAAAAGUGUCUCCCCAGUUAAAAGCACAGUGUGCAGGGUGAGUCGGAGUCAGGGGAGUGCAUUUUCCUGGCUCUGCAAAGUAGUCAGUCUUUACUGGGAAAUCCAGAGGAAGUGUCGCAUUGGCUGUGGCACUCUCAUGGGCUAGGGAGGUAUACCCAAACAGGACCCUACUGGCCAGGCACCUGGUGAGCUCAGGCAGACACCUGUACAGCUGACCUUUAUCCUCUAGAGGCCAGCAGCUUGUGGACAUCUGCUCAUGAGUUCCUGGCGUAAAAGAGGUUAUUGGCCUGGCAUGGGAGGUUGCCCACUGACCAUCAGUUCCUAUUGUAGGGAAUUGCUGUAGUGAGGGAAGGUAAUAGGACAAAUUGGAGAGAAAAUAAUUUAGCAUGUAUUUCCUGUGAAAACUGCCUCUAAGCAAGCCUGAGCAAGGUGCAAUUUCUGUAAUUAGGCCAGUAGUAAAUGACCACUGAGGAUGUGCACUGGUAAUGUCUUCCACAAUGAAAGUGUGAGGGAUUUCCAAUAGAAAAACACUGACAAGAUCAAUACAAUACUAUACAAGAUCACUGAUUCAGUGGGGGUGGUGGGGGGGGGGGUGACGACAACAUUAGUAAUACAUAGUCACCUAGUUACAGAAAACUCCUUGCAGAGAAUAAUUAUGAACACAAUCAUGGCAUAAUAAACAGAUAAAAAUAAUAUUAUGCAAAUUCAGAGAUCACAAUUCAUUCCAAACACUAAAAACGACUCCGUUCUUGCUAGGCUGCUGGUUGUUCAUCUAUAACACUAUACUGAAGAAACACAGUGGCAAACAUUUCAACUACAAGUCUUCAUUGUUGUACACUGUUCUUUGGUUGGGUUGGUUGAUACUGUCCCACGCAUGGGGACUCUGGUUCAUAAUAUGUUCUCUACUUCAAACAAUUACAAGAUAUUUUAGUUGGGUCAGUUUGAGACUAAUUUGAUUAUUAGUCUUCUCCAUCUGUGUGUGCAUCCUUACAUGUAAUUGCUUUGAUUUGAGUUAAUUGCUUCUGCUAAUGAGUCUUGUGGAAGCUUGCGCAAGGAUUCAAGGAUGUACUGAAAAACAGAAAUAUGAAUUGAAUGUUGUACAGCCUUUUUAGUAAACCUUUAAAUAGCCACAGGUGUACUUCACAAGUAAUUAAACUGUGCUGUUUUUUGUUUUUUUUUUACUUAAUGAAGUGCUUUUAAUCUCAUAAUCAGUGCUAGCUUAUUUUUCCUUGAACUUGGGAGAAGUCUUUUGUUACUUGUAUCUGCAGCAUGAUUGUAUUCUUGGUAAAGUAAAAUGUAUACAAAGUUAUAGUAGCUUCUGUUAUUUUAAAAAAUAAAUUGUCUUAAGAGGC